GACUGAUGAGGAGGUUGAAGAGAAAACAGUUCCCCUCCUCAGAGCCUUAGCAGGGGUCCGGGUUGCUGAGGACCAUACUGGCCAGCUCGCACAGGUGUUUAAGCAACUCAAGGAGUUGCGCGAAGACAUGGCCAAGAUGGCGCAGCAGCACCGCGAUCAGCUGCAACAGUUUGCUAGUUCGCAGCAGGCUCAAAUCGUCUCUUCACUCACCUAUCCUGCCUCCAAUGCUGCGUGUCAGUCCAAUUUUGCCCCUCUGACUACGUCUACUUCUUCUCCUUCUACUUCUUCUUCUUUGAGUGUGGUUAACAGCCAAAGCGGAUCUGCAGCAAGUCCAGACCCCGCUGCUGCUGCUGCUGCAGCGGCAAGUGGUGGUGCAGGGACUUCUGGAACUGUUGCAGCCCCGGGCCCGGACCCAGCAAUGGUUGGGCCAGGCGGCAGCUUUGCUUACAUCGACAGGAAGGCGGCGCAGAUUCCGUCCAAGUAUGACGGAAAGGACAACGUCGAGUCUUGGAUCAGCUCCAUGCAAUCCUACUUUGAUGUAUUGGGGACACCCCCGUCCACUCAGUCGUCUAUCCUAGGGACCAAUGUGGAGCCCGUCGUGAGAGGUUUCCUAGAAACCGAAGUUGUUCAAUCAGGCUAUAAGAGAAUAGACCUGAACAAAUGGCUGAAGGCUACGCCUACUACCGCACUUGAGGAUCUCUUGAUCAAGCAAUAUGCUGAUCCACAUGCUGCAGCUAAAGCAAGACUCAAGCUUGAUAAACUCAAGCACAGCAAGUGGACCGGCACCAUGCACAGCCUGCAGCAGUAUGUGAGUAAACUCUUUGCUACUCCGGAUCUGGAGAUGACUGCGCAGUCCUGUUUGGAUGUAAUAAAAGGAACAGUCCCCUCUACUCUAAAAGAUCGCUUAGGGCUCGGGCUCAGCGGAUAUACAAAUUGGCUUACCCUCAUGCGGGACUUAGUCAAGCUGGAGGCACAAGACCUCCCGGGUGGAUCAAGUGGCAAAAAGGCCACCAGCCGCAAACGGUUUCAGGGCAGCAACCGUUUUGCAGCACAUGAUCUGCUUGAGGCUGACGAGGAGAACCUCGUAGAUGAAUCUUCUCUUGAUGACGAUCAAGAGCAAGACUGCGGGGCAUCUUGCUCUUUGUCAGCCCAUGAGUCUGAGUAUGUGAACGAUGAAGAAUCCAUGUUCAUAAGCGCAGACUGGAAAGAUUUCACCUCCCAGACCUAUGACAUGAAACUCAAGAUGACGUCUGGGCGACACCCCGAAGCCAAUGGACUGGCUGAGGAAAUCAACCAGACCGUGAUCCAGCUUCUCAGGGCUCUAAUUGUACCUGAUCAGAACUCUUGGGAUGAGGAGUUGCCGAUUGUGCAGGGGUUGUACAACAACUCCAUCCACUCCUCCACCGGAAUGACGCCUAACCGGCUGCAUCUUGGAUGGAAAAUCCGCAAUCCUCUAUCUUAUCUGUUUCAUGAUCAUCCACCUGGCCUAACACCUGGCCAACCAGGCUACAGCGCCAAGUUCGAUCGCCUACUCAAAGUUGUUGUCACAGCUAUGGAGAGGCGACGCAGUGCCAUGAUUAAACAUGCUAACAAGAAGCGCCAGCCUGCACCAUUCACAGUGGGAAGUUAUGUCUGGGUCAAAAUGUAUGAGUUUUCUGAAGAAGAAGGUGUCUCACGAAGGCUUCUUCCUCAGCACUACGGUCCGUGGCAGGUCUUGAAACAGGUGGCCACCGAUGUCUCUUUCGCUAUCCUGACCGUAGGGGAUAAGCGAAUGUUAGCAAGGACUGUCAGAGAAGAGAUCUCCGAAGACUACUCACUGGGCUUCUUUGGAAUUCCACUCCUGCCGACAAAAGAUCCAGUUGAGCCUGGACAGGAACCAGAUUCCACCAAGCCAUUCGAGCCAAUCCUCAUCAGAAUGGAGGAAAAGGCGAAGCUGCGAGAGGGCCUGGUAUGGAGAGCCUGGAACACAGUCACCGCGCUGCCGUACAGCACGCUUGCAAGCAAGAUGUGCCCGACUGAGGUAAUGGCUGAGUCCCUAGCAUCUAUCAUCAGAUCCCGCAUUCUCGCUACCGAGAAAUCCCUGCACGACGAGGCAGAGGCGUUAUACGUAGAGCUUGAGGACGAAGAUGAGGGAUUCAUGGAUGGAAACGACGACGACGAUGCCCUCAUGGAUGGAAAAAUCUCCCCGAACAGCGAAGAUCGGGGGUCCACCCCAGCGCCUGAGGGCAGCACGGGGGGGUACAGUGAAGACAAUGGAGGGACUAGGGCAGACAAUGCAAAAAAAGGGGCAGCAGAAGAUUAGAAACUAUAAACUGAUCGUAAAAUUCAGAUCAAAAGUAAGUAAGAAUCUGAAUAUAGCAUCCCAUCAGUCGAAAUCAAAUGGACUGCAACGA